ACAUCGCCAGCAAGAUAUGUACUGCAUAAGUUCAGUCGGUCGCGCGCUGAAAUCAGCGCAUGACGCGUGCGUAUUAACCACAGAUAAAAUACGAAAGUAAUUAAUCAGUGUUUAGUACGCACGAUACUAAAUAGGAUUUCCUAUUAAAGUGCAGUUUGGACUAAAUUUAACGCAGAAGGGUUAUUCAAUAAAGCAUAACCGAUUUGAGUUGAGCAAUUGAAAAUGACUAAAUUAGAAAAUUGUAAGGACAGUGCGCCGGACCAGUUCUAUGGAUGCUGCUUGGCCAAACUUAGGGAAGGAAACGAGUCGCCGGAACUCUUUGCAGGGUCAUGGAGCGGAAAGAUGUCCCCGCUCGUAUGGCGUGUACCGAUAUUUGUAUGGGCAGUCAGUAUUAUUACGUGGUCCGUUGUUUGCUUCUGGGGACCUCGGGAAAUGUUCCUACUGUAUAUGACACAUUGGGGCCUUCUUAUGAUAUUUUUGGAAUCACUCUUCGGUAUAUUAGUAUGCAUUAAGAAACAUCGUGGAGAAUUUAAAGAUCGGUCGCAAGGUCUACCUUGGUAUGUGAGGGCAUACUGGGUUUUGUACAACAUCACUGUACCGCUGGCCUUUCUUAUAUCACUUUUCUAUUGGGCUGUUCUAAGAGGAGCGGGUGCCAACAUAAACUACGCACCUGAUCCGAUCUUAGACAUAAUGUUACAUGGAGUAAAUUCUGUUUUGAUGCUGAUUGAACUGGUGAUGUCCCGUCACCCGAGUCGUCUUCUCCACGUGAUGCAGCCUCUAUACUUUUCUGGUGUCUAUCUACUCUUUACGCUAGCUCACUUUUUUGCCGAAGGACACGAUCCAUGGGGCAAUGCUUUCAUAUACCCAGUGAUUGACUGGUCGAAGCCGGUACAAACGCUCAUAGUGUUGACUUUGACAGCACUAUUCUUCGCAUUAAUGCAUAUAUUAACCGUAGGAAUUUCAACGGUUCGUGACUACACUUUACAGAGACUAUCCCGGAACAAAAGUGGAGUAUACAAUGAUGGAUUUGAACCUUGAAAAACUAGAUCUCAGUGAAGUACUGAUAAGAUAAUGAAAUAUUUAUACUGUUGAUAUGUGGGUGACGGACAAUUACUACAUUAGCUGUAAGGAAAUGAUUUGUGAUUGCUGUGGAAAAAUAAUGUUGCCUGGUGCCAAAGAUUUUUACAAUUUUUAUAACAUUCUCAAAUCAGACUUCAGUUGGAAAUGAGUUCAAACUCUUCGAUUAUCAAUAAGUAAAUAAUGGAAAUAAUUAUUAUUUACUUGUAAAUAAGUAAUAUUUAUUUUGUGAUAACGUUGAUAUUGUAGAUUAUUAGAUCAUUGUGAAUAAAAAAGCCUAUUGCCUAUUAUUCGAUAACUAAUGAUAUAUAAAAAUAAAAAGGGAGUUUAUGAUUGGUAACAUGUGUUGUGCUGAAUAAUUUGUACAAGUAUUUUUAAAUGUGGAUUUUAUGAAAUAAAAGCAUAUAUUCA